ACAAGAGACAUUCUCAGGAUGAUCGUGUUGUGGGUUACACUGCUUGUUCUACAUCAUGGAUAUUCGCUGGUUCCAGUGAUCACAGUUCAUCUUGGUGAACCUGUGACCUUCACAUGUGUCUUACCUGGUACAGAGUUAAGCAGUAGACAACUCUACUGGUACAAGCAGAGUGCUGGGGAUACUCUGAAAUUAAUUGUGACACUAUGGAAAUCUACAAAACCUGAGUUUACACCAGAGUUUUCUGAAUCAAGACUACAGGUAAACGAUCAUAGGAGUUUUAUCAACCUGACCAUAGUGAAGACGAUUCAAGAAGAUGAAGGAAUGUAUCACUGUGCAAUCGUGGAGUGGAUUGAAACUAAAUGGAGUGGGACAUAUCUGUUAGUAAAAGGAAACGCUCAGAGGACAUCAAACUAUACUGUUGUUCAGAGUCCAACAGUAUCUGAUCCAGUUCAUCCAGGAGAAUCAGUGACUCUCCAGUGUUCAGUCCUCUCUGACAAGACAUGUUCAGGAGAUCACAGUGUGUACUGGUUCAGAGCUGGAUCAAAUAAAUCUCAUCCAAACAUCAUCUACACUGAUGGAAAUAAAUCUAAUGAAUGUGAAAAGAAACCUGAUGCACACUCUCCCCCAAAACGCUGUGUUUAUCACUUCUCUAAGAACGUCAGCUCCUCUGAUUCUGGGACUUAUUACUGUGCUGUGGCCACAUGUGGAGAGAUCAUUUUUGGAGAUGGAACAAAGCUUGAGAUUGAAGUGCAAACAACACACACAGUAUUCAUUGCAAUGGGGAUAUUAAUAAUCUGCUUGACCAUUUCUGUUAUUGGAAAUGUCGUCCUCAUCUGCAACCGAAGAGUGCGUGAACAAUCUAAGAGAAUGGAAAGUGAUAUUUCAGAAGUAAGAAGUGAUAACUGGCGCCAACAAACUGAAGCUGAGGACAAACUGAAUUAUGUGGCUUUGAAUUUCUCUGAAAGAAAAGCAACAAGAGGAAGAAAGAAGAGAGAGUUUGCUGAAGAUAGCGUGUACUCUCAAGUUAGAUGUUGAUACUCUUUUAAUCUGAAACUUAAAUCAUGUUACACAGUGUGUGUGCAUUUGUUUAUGAAGGUUUUUAUUUUUUUUUAUCUUAGCUAUAAAACAAAAUUUGCUGUUGCUCAUUGUCUUAAUAUAAAAAUUGCUACAAUGAAAAGUUGUUAAAUUAAAUAUCUCACAUGCUUUCCAUGUGAAAAUGAAUCUACAUAUUAAUCCAAUUUGCAUACUAUACAGAACUUUUGUGAUUUGAGACACAUUCACUCUGGCAAAAUAAUUUUUAAAAACUUAAAAAUGGCAGCAGACUAUAAGCUAAAAUAUAUUAUGAUAAACCUGUACACCAUAUAAGAAAAGGCAGAGUAUCAUCAUGAUCCUAAUGUCUGUUGUAAAGAAAGUGGGAAAGACUGCUUUCCAAUCAUGAUCUCAGAGAUUUGGACCCCACAUGUUGGUUUAUUCUUCUGUCAUAUUCACAUGAUAAAAGCUGGUGGUGGUGCGAUAAAGGAUGCAAAAGCAGCAGAGAGAGAGACGAUCUAUGCUGCUGUGAAGGCUUUUGGACUUAACAGGUCUGUUUUGUAUCAUUUGUAACUGUGCCAUACGAUGUAGUUGAUGUUAGUCUAUUUAGAGUUUUUUAAGUAGUACUGUGCAUAUUGUAUUGUAAAUCAUUUAAAUCAGUCAAUAUGUUUAUCCGACCCAGUCCUCUGACUCAGUUCUGACACCAACAUGGCACUGAAUAUCACAGAGAUCCAGAGUUUUUAAGUUAGAGAAAAACAGUACACACCUAAUUACUGUGCCAAUGUUUGUGUAUCAGUAUUUUUACAUGCAUUAUGUAGUAUAUUUACAUGCAUUUUUACAUAUAUAACAUAAACCCUGCACUACACCACUGGUACUGAGGCCUUACUGAUCUUGAAAUACAAACUACCAGCAACUCAAACUGAUAUGUUGUUCAAACCUUUAUUAAAUUACCUCUCCCGGAAAAAGGCAGCUCACACAUGAAUAGUUGACAUUCACAAAGCCAUUUAUUCUCAUAUUUUUUCUUUACAAACACCAUCCUAAAACUUAAAUUAAAUAAUAAUAAUAUUUUGAACCAAUAUAAUCAAAAUCAAAUGUAAUCAAGUAGUAGGGUUUAACAGCCCCAUAAACCUUCAUCAUAAAGAAACACACAAAAUUGUGCUUUUUUUUUUCUUUUUUUUUUUUGUAAUAAUGUCAGUCAGGUUUUUUCUUUAUUCUAGAAUAAAGAAAAAACAGCAAAUGCAAGCUCAAAAUAUGAAUCAAGGAUCAACUUACAGUGUAGUAAAAUAUAGAACAGCUGUGACUUUAGCUUUCAUCAUGAAGCAGCAUGUUUUCAGUUGAGUUAGAAAUUAACCAACAUUGCAAGAUUUGUUCUGUCUGGUAUGUUGUGGUUAUGCUUACUACGCUUUUUCCUCUUUUGAAAUGCGGCCAUAGUUGAAUUAAAUUUUUUGAUUCAAGACAACAAAACUUACCUUUAAAUUUUACACACUCUGUUCUUGGUGUUUGGCAGCAGAUGAAAACAAUAUUUCCAAUCACAGAAAUGGCCAAGCAAACCACUGCUAUCACCAUCACAAUAAAUAAACUUACUGUUUGCUCUAUAAAACAAAGGAAAAAAUAAAUGCAUCAAUGCUUCUGAAACAGAAGGAGACUUAUCGGUCAUGAUGUUAUCAAUAUAUUUUGUAUUUCACUUCCA